GCGUGUUGUUGUGCGGCGGCGGCAAGAUGGCGGCGCACGGGGGCUCGGCGGCCUCCGCGGCGCUGAAGGGGUUAAUCCAGCAGUUCACCGCCAUCACGGCAGUGCCCAAGACGCUUGCUGAAAGCCAAGCAGAACUAUGGUGUUUGCCAAGCAGCCUCCUGCUCAUGUAGGUGCCAGUGAAAGUGUGGGAAAACAUAUGCUUGAAGCGUGCAACAACAAUCUGGAGAUGGCUGUUACCAUGUUUCUGGAUGGCGGAGGCAUAGCAGAGGAGCCCAGCACCAGUUCUGCAGCAGUGUCUGCAGUUCGACCGCACACCGAGGAUGAAGUGCGAGCUCCAAUUCCUCAAAAACAGGAAAUUUUAGUAGAGCCUGAGCCCUUGUUUGGAGCUCCUAAAAGACGCAGACCUGCGCGUUCAAUAUUUGAUGGCUUUCGGGAUUUUCAAACAGAAACCAUUCGACAGGAACAGGAGCUACGAAACGGAGGAGCAGUAGAUAAGAAACUCACUACCCUAGCAGACCUGUUCAGGCCUCCCAUUGAUCUGAUGCACAAAGGCAGUUUUGAGACGGCCAAGGAGUGCGGUCAGAUGCAGAACAAAUGGCUCAUGAUAAACAUUCAGAAUGUGCAAGAUUUUGCGUGCCAGUGUCUCAACCGUGAUGUUUGGAGCAAUGAGGCUGUGAAGAACAUAAUCCGGGAACAUUUCAUUUUUUGGCAGGUGUAUCACGACAGCGAGGAGGGACAGAGGUACAUACAAUUUUAUAAAUUAGCAGACUUCCCUUAUGUCUCCAUCCUGGAUCCCAGGACAGGCCAGAAACUAGUGGAGUGGCACCAACUGGACGUGACGUCUUUCUUGGACCAAGUGACCGGGUUCCUGAGUGAGCAUGGACAGCUGGACGGGCAUUCUACCAACCCUCCCCAAAAAUGUUCUCGUUCGGAGAGCCUCAUUGAUGCCAGUGAGGACAGCCAGCUGGAAGCAGCUAUCAGAGCUUCAUUACAGGAGACACAUUUUGAUUCCUCACAGGCCAAGCAGGAGAGCCGAUCAGAUGAGGAAUCUGAGUCAGAGCUUUUCUCUGGAAGUGAAGAGUUUAUUUCUGUUUGCGGAUCUGAGGAGGAAGAGGAAUCGGAGAAUCCUGCCAAGUUGAGGAAGUCUCCACACAAGGACUUGGGGUAUAAAAAAGAGGAGAGCCGGAGGCCUCAGCCUGAGCCCCCUGCAAGGACUGAGCCUGGGACAACAUCAAAUCACAGAGUACUGCCCUGCAUUGAUGCAGGGGUACUGGAGGAGCCAGCUGACAAGCCUGAAAGUAUGUUGCAGGGCCUAGAUGUGAAUGGACCAAAGGCACAGCUGAUGCUAAGGUAUCCAGAUGGAAAGAGAGAACAAAUUUCACUGCCCGAACAAGCUAAACUUCUGGCUCUUGUGAAACAUGUCCAGUCAAAAGGAUACCCCAAUGAACGCUUUGAACUCCUCACCAACUUCCCUCGAAGGAAACUCUCCCACCUGGACUAUGAGAUCACAUUACAGGAGGCAGGCCUGUGUCCUCAAGAGACUGUCUUUGUGCAAGAAAGGAAUUAGCACUAUGGCCUGAGUUCUCCCAGCCUUCCUCCCCUCUCCUCUUUGCCUAGGACACCAACUCAUUGAUAUGCAGUUGAGGAUCAUAGGAUUGCAGUGCUGAAAUCAGGCAGGCAGCUGUCUGGCCCUUCUUUCUCUUCUUCCCUUCUGCUCUAGCAACAAUUGAGCGUGUUCAGAGUUCUGUUUUUGUUCUCAGCUUGGGCCCUGCAGAGAGCAUUGGGAAGAACGUCUUUCCUUUGUUCUCAUGGAGUAAAGUAGAACGGUGAUCUAUGUAUCCAGUGUGCUGGGACUUGAAGUGGCCAUAAUACACACACCCUUCUUGCUGCUAUUCUUAUAUCUGUUUCAUUUAAUUUAUAUUUGAAAAUACUGUGUGAUAAGGCACUGAGUCACCUCUCUGUAAGGCAAGAGUGUAAUCUUUAGUAUGAUCUUUCCUUUGUUUUGAUUCUCUAUGUGAAAGGUCUCCAUUAACCUUACAGCCAUCUUAAGGGGAUUUGCUUACCUAGCAGUCUGCUAAAACUUACUUUGGAAAGGAGGUGAGGAACUGUGGCGAGAUGCUCUGCCCCUACCUAAUGGGCUUCUAGGCUGCAUGCAUGCUUUCAUCAUCCUUUAAAUGCUGCCAGUGGACACAGUGUUUGUUGUUGUUUAUUAAGAAAGCAGGGGUCCCCCCCUCCAAAAAAAGAAAAGAAGACUUGAAAAGCUGUUGCACUCUUGCAGCAGUACCAACUCCUCCCUGCAAGGAGGAGGAAAUUCUGUUUGUUUUUUUCCCCUUUUUACUUGCUUUCAGGAUUUUACAACUGACGAUGGAAGGUGGCACAAUUCUGUAAAGACCUUGGGACUGUGGAAAGCAUGUUGCAAACUUGACAGGUAGUUGGCUUUUUUUUCCCCUCUCUCUGUAUGUCACUCCUGCACCAGGGGUGACUAAUUUGUAAGCGGUUUUAGAGCACACUCUGCAGUUGGGCAGGACAACAAGUCCUGGGCAGGGUUCCUGUGAUUAAUUCAAACCAUAAAUAGCCUUGUCAAAACUGUAGAAGGAAUCAGUGCUUCAUAAAAGACUUCAUAGCCUGGUGGCUUGGAUGCUCCAGGCUGCUUUUUAUUCUAUUUUAAUCUUAAUCUGCUGUCAUUUACCACUAACCUGGAAGACUGUAUUGAAAACUACUCCUUUAUUUAUGCUUUCAUUUCAGCUAUGAAAGCUGGCAGCAGAAGUCGUGCAGACACAUCCCGUGUGUAUGCUGAGUGCCCUGUAUUCCCAAUGGCUCACCUAGACAUCGAGCUGUUGGUCACUUGUUGGUACAGUAUAGGUUACAGUGAGACUAAUGUCAGUUAACACUGUCAUCUGCAUGAUGGAUGUUUAGUGUGUUUAUUUACAAUUAAGAAUCCAAUUUAGCAUUCUUCAUCAGUGAGGAAAAGGGCAUGCGAGACCUGCUGUAACUGUUUCUGUAACUGUCAGAUGAUUAUACAUGUAACUUCAGUGGCCAGAAGUUUUGUAUAGCCUGAAACUUUUCAAGAUAUUUUUGUGUUUAAUUUCAUACCAGCCUAUUGAGUCUUUAAACAGAGAAAGUCACAGAUUAUCUCUUGCAUUCCCUAUGAUAUAAUCAUACAGUUGUAUAAAUUCGUUUCCCUUCUGCAUUAACACCUUUGCAUUCUACUGCAAGGUACAGUAUCAUGAAAACAGAAUCUGGUGGCAUUUUCCUGAUCAGUGAGUGAUGUGACACCAGAUGCCAUUUCUGGUUUGUAAAGAGCUCCUUUCACAGAGGCCGUUUCACAGCAUUAAAAGGUGAAUGGUAAGGCCAGCAAAAGAGUGAGGAUUUUGGUGUUUAGCCUCUGAAGCAGCAGCAGCAAUUCUAGACUGAAGGAUAUUCGUAGUACUUCUAGAAUAUCCAAAUUCAUGUCUCACACUUGGGCAUUGGAGAGUGGGGCAGAAGGAAACCCUUUCUGUGUAAAUAUGAUACUUCCCAGCUCUCCAGCUGGAAUAUCUUACUGUGAUAUUUGUUACCUUGAAACUUGCUGCCUCUUCUUCAGUGAUUUGCUGCAAGAAAAGAAGGUGGGCUGCCAACAGGAAACAGUACCUGACAUCAUCGUGUGAUCCUUUCUUGUCCCUCAGGCAGGCUGGGAUGGGAGCGUGCUGACUUUUCCUGCUCUCCUGCCACUGCCUGCCUGUAUACGGGAGGCUUUGCGCUUCCACUUCUGUCUCUCUUGAGCUGUGACUGACUGGCUGGAUCUUGGCACUGGCCAGGGUGGGCUUUGCAUCUGCUCUCAGCGCAUUGUUCCACAUCAGCUUUUCUGGUAGUGAACUUAAACACACAAAAUUGACUCUUGUUUCAGUCCUACGUCUGUUUCAUUGGUAGCUUCUCUUUUUACUGUUCUAUCCUGCUUUACUAAUGUACAUGGGGCUAGGCUGAGGCUUCAGGAAUUCAAUGUAAAAAUAACUAGCGGCUGCGUCAGCAGUGGGAAAGAGGGGAAACGGCAUUGCAGGCAGGAGCAUGAGCUUCAGUUCUGUUGCUGGAGUCCAGUGCAGCCCCAUAUUAUGAGCCUUCCUUUCUGACCCCACUUCCCACAGCUAGGAGCUGUGGAGCUGACACAGUGUUCUUUAAUCUGUGCUUAGCUGUAGGAUCACGCUAUCAAAACCAAAACAGGAAGUUCUGGGUUAGCUUCUCAUUGCUUUUGUUAUGCCAGGAGCAGGUCGGUCAUCUCUUGCAGAAGGAGCCAAAAGUUGCACUUGGCUCUGGCAAGGUUUUUUCCUGAACCAUCAAGACUGAAAGUCUUUUGUUUCAUUUCUUGACUUUUUCUUUCUGUUUCUUGACUUUUUUAUUAGCAAAUAGCAAUUCUUUUAUAACUGAACAGGGAAUGAAGAAUGUAGGGAAGAAAAUCUACAUUAAAAAUGGGAUUUUUCUUCCAUUUCAGAGAUGGAGUCAGAAUUAUUUUGUGACAGUUCCUAAUAGUUUGUUCUGUUCCAAGAACUAAUGAGCUGAUUUGUUGUUCUGUUUGUUCGUUUCUCUGGCAUGCUGUGCUUUCUUUUGAUAUUCUUUUACUUUGGUCUUUGAGCAGGAGGCAGAGAGAAACGGUCUUGGCGGGAUAAGUGUCCCUGUGCGUGGCUCUUCUCUCUUUUCAUUCCUCUCCCCUUUUUCCCCCUUCUUCCCACCCCAGUAAAAGCAGCACCACAGCACAUGUCAGCCAGCUGAUCUCUGCUGGUGAAACCUGCAAAGGAACAGCACCAGCCAGGGUGCAGCUCCUCAGAUUUUCUUUCGAAGCCCUUUGGAGUUUGGAGGAAUAUGUUUUGCUGGCCUGAAGAACGUGGCUGAACAUAUUAACCGAGCUAAGCAUAAGGUGUAAGCCACCUGGGCUCAAUUUAAAAAGAGCCUUGGUCACGGUUGCUUCUGAUUAUUAAGUUUGAAGUUCAAAUUACUUUUGACAAGGCUGGAAAAGACGCCUUAAAUCCCCAAUUGCAGAAUAAGUUGAAGUUUGAAGGACAAAGCAAAUCAUUCCUCAGAGUCUGUGGUUUGUGGUUUCCAGUGUUGUUUGGCCAUAGUUCGCAUGUGUUGAAAGGACUGCCAUGAGCAGAGGUGCAUGUAAAUGGUGGAAGGCUUUGUGGGUAGGGAGCUAAAGAACUAAUGUGCUUCAAGAUGCAGCUUCUUGCCGCUUGUGGUGAAACCUUCUUUGCAUGUGUUCUUCAUCUGGCUUGUUUUUUGUUUUGCUUAUUUAUAGAUGUCUAACUGCAGCUUACUUUCACAGUCACAACCAGCAUUCAGAAACACAAGGCAUGGCUGAGCACCGGCUUUCUCUGCCCAUUGUGGUUGGCACAUUUAUUGUUGGCUUCCCACUCACAGACCUCCAGAGGCCCAGGGAAGGAUUUUGGCUCUUCCUGAAGGUACCUGCCCUCAUCCAGGCCGACCAGCCAGCUUCAGCCCUGCUGCAUUCCCUCCUGGAGGAAAUAGGGCAGCUGAAGGCUGUGUCACAGGUUGUUGGGUGUGCCUGCAUUGUUUUCAUUAGGCUUUCAAACUAUGGUCUGUGAUUUUACAUUUCUGACAUUUAUGGAUUGAGUAACGUCAUGAUUUCUGAUUAAAAAAAAAUCAGAUAAGCUGACAACCUUGGUAUUGAAAGAAUGCAUGUGUGUGUAAUAGUUCUGCAAAACAGAGCUGUCUACAGAAAGGUAGCAAUUUUCAUAUGUAGACAUAAGUGGCCAUUUUGAUUAUGCAUCAGCAUGCUUUCCAGAGCUCACCAGAUCUGUCACGUUGCUGUUACAGGAGAAAAAUGCCUCUCCUCUCUAACGUGCAUCCCUUGUUCGCUGCUGCAAGCAGCUUCUGUUCCAUGUGUGCCCCUGGUUUCAUAGAGACAUUUUAAAAGACCACCAGAUUAACUAAUUAAUUAACUCAAUCAGUGUCAGUGUACAUGCUCCUCUGCACCAAGCCAUAUCAGCUUCCACAUUUACUACAUUUACUGGUGCUGUGGUUUGUACUCAUGCUGCCGUCAGAAACUGGCAGCUGGUUUUAACAUUUAAUAAAUAAACUUCACUGCUGAAGGUUUCUCAAAUAGAUUUCUCAGAAAACUUCCAUGCAGUUGUGUGCUUUGCUGUUUGACAUAUCUUCUGACUAUUCUAAACUUCUUGCUUGAAGUAUGUUUGAAUUCUUGAUAAUGAAGUGGAAAAGUUAAUUCUGAGAAUGCUGGCUUUCCUUUCUAGUUCUUUAAAGAAAAAGUCAUCUCCAUGCAGGAUUUCUUUGACUGCAGCUACCCUGCUGCAGGGGGCACGAUGAAUCGCUUGCAGCUCCUGCAGGCAGCAAAUUACGGCUGGUUCUGAGAGCAGGCUCCUUGUCUCUGCUAGCUGGGAUGCUUUGUCCUGGCUCACUGAGUUUGUCCUUGCUGAGGGCUGGACCAUUGGGUUGGUCUGCAAGAACCCAAGAGCAACAAGGGCUCAACCCCUUCUUUUGGGGCAGGAAAGGACAGUGAAGCAUCCCUGCGGCUGGUGCUAAAUCCUGCAGUGAACACGUGAAAUGCAUCUGUUGUUUUUCCAAACCAUGUGGGUCUCUGUUACCUGGCUUUAUGUGUGGAGGUCCCUGUGAAUGGGAGGAUGCGUGUCAUUUAAGGAACUUGAAGUAACAACUUGUUACUGCUUUUUUUUUUCUUGUCACAGCUUUGUUCUUGUUUAGUCCCUUUUUAAUCAAGUUAGUAAUAAAGAAUAGCCCUGUAUGCCAAAGAGAGGGGAGGUAGCUGAAAUCUAGGUGGAGAGCAAAGUCUGCUGUGAAGAUUGGAUGUGCCUUGUCCAGCUGUUUUUCAAUAGAAAUGAUUUUCUAUAGAUGGAGUAGCUUAAAGACAGUGCAGAACUCACAUUCUGAGCCCUGUAUUGGCCAUCUCUGUUGUUGGACAUUCCCUCAGCCACGUUUAGAGUCGAGCUAGAAACAUUUCAGUGAUGACUGUUAAGGUGUGUGCAAGCUAUAGCCUGUUGUUUUGAGAAGACAGCUUUGCAGAGGCUGUCUCUGAGAGCGAGAUCUUGCUGCAUCCUGCUGUCUGCUCCCGAGCCUGAAGGUUAGUGGAUUCCCUUUCUGUGCUGUGCUGCAAGAUGACUUUUAUUCCCAUUCCCUCUUGCCUGUGAGGUGCUUAGUGUCUGUCCACUUCCCAUAAAUAUAGCCAUAUGUAUAUACGUGUAUAUACACACACACAUAUUUCUAAUUGGAGAAUGUGGCACUUAACAUCAGUGCCUCAGCUUUCCUCAGUUUUAUCUUGUGUUCGACACCAGUAUAUUAUGAGUAGUUGCAGAUGUUUGGGAUUUGGUCACUGUCUAAUUACUGUGAGUGUCUGCAGUACAAAGAAGAGUGGUGGAUUUUGUAUCUGCCUGUUAAAUGGUGCUGAGAUUUCAUGGUGUAGGAUAGCUAAGAGGAGGACAUGGAGCAGGGGGAUGAGGUGCUAUUUUAUAGAACAGCUUUAUAUGAAACAAAUCUGGGUAAAACACGCCUCAGAGGUGUGGUGUCUAAUCAGAGACACUGGACUAUACGACAGAUGACUUUCUUAGCAAGGCUGUGUCCUCUCAUGGGUGAACUUACAGCUUCCAAAUUUGGGCUUCGCCUGCUGGUUUUUACACUAGUCACUUUUUCCUUCAAUGAUGCAACUUCGUGCUGGAGGAGGGAGAGAACUAAUUUGGGUGAUUUCAGCUCACUGUGCUGGGAGGGACCAAACUCAAGGAAACCUCUGAUCUAUAUACACAACUGCUGCAUUUUUUAUAAAUAUAUGUAAAUGUCCUAUUGUAAUAUUUGAUCCUGGAAAUAAACUUUUUUCACUAACUUU